GUUCGUGCGAGGUAACGCAGCGGGAGGAAGGCGGCGGCGUUUUGCAUUGUAUGUAACGCUGAAUUUAUGCCCUAAGGUUCGAACGAACCAUAAGGGGUUAGCUGUUUUGUGAGUGGAAAAUCUCGUUCGGUAUUAGUCAUUGCUUCGUACUCCAGUUGGCUGCGUUUUCAAGAGGAAGAGAUACAGCAUUGUUGAACACAGACGACUAUGCGCUGUGGCGCGCCCUGCGUGAUGCCGGGUGGGCCGAGCGGCGGCCCGGUGAACGCAGCAGACGGCGAGGUCAUCUGGUUCCUCUCGGAGGAGGUGUUCCGCUCUCUGUCGCAGAUCGUCGACGCUAUCGACGACUGCAUGGAGGCGUUCCCGGCGUCGCUGCGCGCCGACGCGCCCUGCGCGCAGGAGCGCUUCGUUAUGCAGCAGGCGGCCAGCCAGAGUAGCGCCGACACGGCCAAGUGCGUGCUGGUGAUGGAGGGCGCCGCCAUCGUGCAGGCGGAGCUGCAGGUCAAGAUCCAGAAGCACCCCAACAUGAUCCACAAGACGUCGAUCGAGCCGGACGCGCCGUGGGCGCUGGGCCAGCUGCAGGACUCGGCCAACAUGCUGGCCGAGCUGAUGCUGCGCCUGAAGCGCGGCAGGGACUGUCUGCUCAGCCCGCGCAAAAAGACCAUCGAGGACCACCUCAACAGCGAGAACAUGAAGUCGCUGAGGCCUCCGCUGCCCGGCGAUAUCGCCGUCAGCUUCUACGUGCAGGGCCACCGUCUGAUGCUGGCCGUGUACCACCUCGUGCCGCAGCAGGGCAGCAUGAGGUUCGACUCGUUCCUGGCCGAGUGCGUCAUCGCCAAGCUGGAAACGGUGCUGGAGGGCUACACGCAGACGUUCCAGAUGUGUCAGCAAAUCAAGAACAAGCUCAGCUGGGCCAGGAGGUACCAUGAGCGUGCCCGCACGUGUGCCCCAGUUGCUGUUCAGAAUGGCAUGUAA